UUGGUUUUGGGCCCUAUACAUUGGGAACCAGGAAGGUUCGGGAAACCUGAGGAAGAGUCUUCGUUCAACCAUUACCAAACAAUAAAAUAAACAAAAGGGUAUUUGAUAAAAUUGAAGAGAAGAAGACUUUGGUUCCUUCCUUUUUUUCCUGUGUCUCUGAGAUCUUUCAACAACAAGAAGAACAAAGAAGAAGAAGAUGGCUUCAGAGGAGGCUGAGAGAAAGCAAGAAGAGCAACAAGGAGCAUCAUACACGUAUUGGGUAAGGCAAGUUAAGGAGGGAGAUGCAGCUCCAUUACCUGUACCUCGCAAGUUAACUCCUGAUGACAUUAUCAAUGACUCCAACUCUCAGCCUCCCACCCUUGGCUCUCUUUGGAAUAAGGCUGGAACUUGGGAGGAGAAGAAUCUUAAUAAGUGGGCAUCUGAUAGAAUCAAGGAGUUACUUAUAUCUGUGGGGUCCUUGGAGUUCCCUGCUGGCAAAGCUGAAAUAUCAGAUGUAUCAAAAUGUGUAGGCGAUGCAUUCUUGGUGACUGUGCGAAACAAGAAACGUGUUGGCUACACAUAUGAGUUAACAUUGAAAGUGAAAGGGGAGUGGACAAUUAGAGAGGAGAAGAAGACAGUCAAGGGCCAUAUAGAUAUACCAGAAUUCUCGUUUGGUGAGCUGGAUGACUUACAGAUGGAAGUGAGAUUGAGUGAAGAGAAGGAUCUUCUGCAUCAAGACAAGUUACGGAUUAGCGAGGAUUUGAAACUAUUUUUGCAGUCUGUUCGUGAAAAAAUGCUUCAGUUCGAACAGGAACUCAAAGAUAGAUAGAAAGGGCAGCGUCAUUUUUAUCUAUGACGAAAGCCAUGGUUUUUAUUACAGUUAUCAACUGUAACUGUAUUUUUUAAUCUCUGAUGGAACAACUAUUUUUUAAAUACGUGUAAUGGAGCAUAAGACUUCUAAGGAUGUGAAACUUUCAAGCUUUUUCAGUAAUGAUUUUAUUUUAUGCUUAGGAAUUAAUGUUUUUAAUAAAAAGUUUAUAUUAGUACUGCUAA